AUGGACAACGCGAAGUACCACAAGGGACGCCCUCGAGGAACACCAAACAGUCGCCAGUGCAAGCGAACCCUCCAAGAAGCGUGCGUUGCCUACGGCAUCCCCUUCGAGGAAAAAGGAAUUCAAGAGCGCCUUGUGGCAAAAGCUGUCGGAGGACACCGAGUUGUCUUUACCCCGCCCCAUCACUCGGAUUUGCAGCCAAUCGAGUUGGUUAUUGUGAAAGGCCAAGUCGGGCGGCGCUACGCUGAUGGAACCGGCUUGUCUGAGGUCAAGGCGCGCCUUGAAGAAGCAUUUGACGACCUGAAGCCCAGUUCUAUUCAAGGCUGCAUCAAAGCUUCCGAGGUAAAGCUGCAAAAGCUUUACGACCAUCUUGUGGAAAUUGAUGCUUUUGAAUCGGAUGAGGAUUCAUCAGCACAAAGUAGUGGCGCCACUGAUGAUAGCGACUGUGAGUACUCUAGUUAA